GUUUGCUCAGCUGCAAGGCCGUGUCAGCCAUUGCCUCUGACAUGUUCCACACCAAUAUCACUUUCCGCCACGUCUUUGCGUGCGAGUUGGUCAAGUGGAAGCGCGACUUCAUCAUGCAACAUCACCAGCCCGAAGCGAUGUAUGCGGAUCUCGAGGAACUUAUCACGGUGGACUUGCCAAAAAACGUUCUGACAGGCGAGGGAAAGGCAGUUGAGAGAGUUCAUAUUUUUGUGACAGGGUUCGAAUGCGAUUCCAUCGCGAGCUAUAACAAGAAAAGGGGCAGCUACAUCGGCACUUGCAUCCAGGCCGCAAAAGGUAAGACUGGCAAGACAGGGGCAAUGACCUUGAAACUUAUCGCUAAGCUUCUCCCGUGGAUUGUUAUCUUGGAGAAUGUGAAAAACCUACUCAACGGCUUAGAGGGCAAGACGCAGAAGGACAUUCACAACAUCUUGGACAUCCUUCAGGACCUCGGGUACAUCGUCCGGAUCAAGCUGCUUUGCCCCACCACGUUUGGGGUGCCCAUGUACCGCGCGCGGGCGUGCAUCAUUGCGUUCAGGGUUGCCGGAGAUGGAGGGGCCCCCUUGCCCAGUAGUUUCCCGUGGGUGACCGAUUUCGGUUUGGUGCUGGACAAUUUGCAUAUGCCAAUGGCCCCGCUGUCUGAUUUCCUCCUUCCAGAUGACCACCCUUCCAUAGCCAAGUGGCACAGCGAUAUUGGCAAGGACGAGAAGACCGAUGGGGAGCCAGGGAAGUACAGGUAUGAGGUCGACCACAUGGAG